AUGUACGGCCACAUCGCCCAGCUGGCCCAGGCAGAGAAGAAGGGCAUUGAAGCUGCAGGCGGCAGCGCCGACCUCUACCAGAUCGAAGAGACCCUCCCCGCGGAGGUCCUGACCAAGAUGCACGCACCGGCUCAAGACACGUCGAUCCCCUUCAUCACCCCGGACAUCCUCAAGACCUACGACGCCUUCCUGUUCGGCAUCCCCACCCGCUACGGCAACUACUCGGCGCAGUGGAAGACCUUCAUCGACAAGCUCGGCCAGCUGUGGUUCACCGGCGCCCUGCACGGCAAGUACUUUGGGCUGUUCGUCAGCACCGCGACCCCCGGCGGCGGCCAGGAGACCACCUGCAUCAACGCCCUGUCCUCCUGGGUGCACCAGGGCAUGAUCUACGUCCCCCUCGGGUACGCCACCGCCUUCCCGCUCCUCGCCAACCUGGAAGAGGUCCGCGGCGGCUCCCCCUGGGGCGCAGGCACCUUCGCCGCCGGCGACGGCAGCCGCCAGCCGACCGCGAAGGAGCUCGAGCUCGCCACCGCCCAGGGCAAGGGCUUCUGGGAGCACGUCAGCAAGGUCAGCUUCGGCGCGUGA